GCGCAGAAGAAGAAGAAGAUACAAACUGUGAAAAUCCCAACAACCAAAGAUUUUUCUGCGUUAUAUCUGAAUUACUGCUUCGUUUUCGAUCUUCUGCACUUCACACUAUUUAUGCCAAUGUAAGUGACGAUGUCUAUAGUAGCAAAGCGAUGUGGAGUGAAGUUUGAUCCACCUUCAAUCAUCCUCGUAUAUGAGAAUAAAAACACCAGCAGGAUGAGAAAAAGAAUGAUACCAGUCAGAAAUUUCUCACAGUACUCAGACUGCAGCCGGGCAGCAGAGAGACUGAAGUAUCACGUUCGUCACAGCGUGUACGUCGAGUCCGUUUCUUUAGCUCAGCUGGAACGAUUGCAUCUCAUUCUUCGUGAUCACUUACGGGGCCUCAGCUUAGAGGAGAGUCUGGCUGCACAACAGGGGCCCGGCCCCAGCGACGAAGACCUGAAUAAACUCAGCGAUGAGGAGUUAAACCGCAGAAAAGCCCAGAUGGACCAACUGUUUGAACGUAACCGCAGACAUAAGGACGAUGCAGACUUUGUGUACGAUUUAGAGGUGGAGUUUCCCGGGAACAGUGUACGAGAAGAGUGUAGCUGGGACGAUCAUUCAGACGAUGAGUUUUAGAUGACAAACACUGAAACUUAUUCUUGAAAUUUACUUGAAUUAGAUUAAAGACCUGUGAUGUUAUGUUAUAGUUAGUUUGUUAUGAAGAAAUGUAGUUUGCAUUUCUAUUACAUCUAUGCAUUUUAAUUGCAAAAUUACAGUUUACUUCCAUAAAGUAUAUUUCUGGGCAUUUAAAGGUACAAUAUAUCAUUUUUACGCGCUAGAGGUCAACAAAAAUAGUCCCCUGCCAUUAAAAGUUCCUAGGGACUAUUUUCGGCAGCUGCGUAAUAUCACUACGCCUGCUGCAGCCAUGUUACAUCAGAAAAAGUCUUGAUUAUUACGUCAGUUUGAGAGUAUAGUUCCUAGCCAUAUCUGCCUAGAAAUUCGCGACUUUUAAUUUUUUUGUCGGUCUUAGUACACGAUAUAACUACAGAAGAGUCAAGUUUUAAAUAGGAAAAAUAUCCAAACUCUUUGGUUAUUUUUAGCGUGAUGCUAAUGGUCUAAUCAGAUUCAAUGGAUUAUGCUAAGCUAUGCUAAAAGUUGUAGCGCCAGACCCGGAGAUCAGCUGAAUGGAUUCCAAAACGGUAAAAAUCAAACGUUAAACUCUAGGGGAGCUGGAAAAUGAGCAUAUUUUUUUUAAAAAAGUGGAAUGUCCCUUUAAACAUUGCUAAAAAAUUGGGAUAAUGUAAGUAUGGUGGAAAAAUAUACAACACUGUGCUAGAAGUUUUUGGAUAUUUUAAUGCAAAAAUCUUAAAUAUUGUGCCUUUAAUAAAUAUAAACAUAAUUUUAAAAGGAUGAUUUGGAACUAACAGGUGUCAAACUCUGUCAACAUUGUUUAGUAAACCAUAUUGUACCCUAAAAAACAGUCACCCACAAAAGUUUUUUACAAUGCACAAUUCAUACUUUUACUCAGUUUUAAAGGGAUAGUUCACUGAAAAAUUCAUACACCCUCAAAUUGUAUUAUUCUGCUGAAUACAAAUGAAGAUAUUUUAAACAAC